AUGACAAACUUAACAAAAUUCUCUACUGUUGUCCUUGCAGGAUACAUUGACACUGGUAAUACUGCAUAUUUUUAUUUUGCUGUAAUAUUGCUGUUGUACGGCAGCAUAAUAUUUGCCAAUGUCCUGGUGAUUUCGGCCAUCUGUGUGAACAGCACUCUGCAUGAGCCCAUGUACCUGUUUGUCUGCAACCUGUGUGUGAAUGAGCUGUACGGUACCACCAGCCUAUUCCCCUGUCUGCUGGUCAACGUCAUCUCCGACUCGCAUGAAAUCUCUCUGGUGUACUGCUACCUACAGAUGUACUGCAUGUACACGUACGCCACGGCUGAGUUCUGCCAUCUGUCGGUCAUGUCGUACGACAGGUACACGUCCAUCUGUCACCCGCUGCAGUACAACACCAUAAUGACACAGAGGAAAGUGUGUAUUUUGCUUGCUCUCGCGUGGUCGUCCUCCUUCUGCCAGUUCACCAUCACCCUGUCUUUAAACGUGCAGCUGGAGCUGUGUGGUAACGUCAUCCAGAAGGUCUGGUGUGACAACUACUUGCUUGUGCGACAGGCCUGUUCGGAUACGACCAUGAACAGCAUAUUUGGCCUCUACACCACCGUUUUGUUCAUUGGCGGCCCUUUACUAAUCAUACUCUAUUCCUACAUCAGGGUGAUCAGUGUUACGUUCAGGGCCAGUCGCGAGGCCAAGCGGAAGUCCCUGAGCACGUGUGGCCCUCACCUCGUCUCGCUACUAAACUACGGCAUCUGCUGCUCCUUCGAAAUGAUUCAGAGCAGAUUGGGGAAAGCAAACAUGCCAGACGUACUGCGAGUCAUUAUUUCGUUAUACUUCCUGAUGAUUCCACCGCUUUUUAACCCCGUCAUGUAUGGGCUAAAGAUGCCUAUGAUUAGACAAGGGUGCUUAGAAAUCAUGAAAAUGACAGAGAAGAAGACGCCCCUUUGA